AUGACGAAAUCAGAAGAUGAACUCCAUAGCAACACCUCGGUUCUACCGCCAGAGAGAAAGGAGACUUCCACAGGACACCGAGCCAGAUAUGCCAAGGUGUACAAGUUCUUCGGAUUUAAUCAUGGAUACAACUUUCCUCUCUGGGUGAUCUUCGCAGGCGGGAUGUUGGGAUUUUCUCUUUCCCGCCUCAAAGACCUGGAUUACGACGGCCAUUUCAAGCGUGACUUCGCGUUGGUACCAGGCUAUUGGUACUAUUUCCGCGAUGGCCACUACCGCUACGGGAUGCUCAUCCACCUAGCUAGUGUGCUGCCUGCUGGUGUCCUCAUGGUCUUCCAGUUCACACCCGUGAUCCGACACAAGUUUCUCUCCUUUCACCGCAUCAAUGGCUAUGUCGUGCUGCUAUUAUGCCUCAUAAGCAAUUUUUCAGCGUUCGUCGUCAUCCGCCACAAGCAAGGCGGCCAUCGGGCGAACACACAGACGGUCGAGACACUCAUGGGUAUCAUGACCACUGUCGGGAUUGUCUUGGCGUGGUGGAACAUUCGUCGGAAGCAGAUUGACCAGCAUCGGGCUUGGAUGCUGCGGACAAUGUUUUACAUGGGAAUCACCAUCACAGCCCGUCUGAUCAAUCUUGCCGCCACCCCAAUCAUAACCAGAAUCGGAGGCUACUUUUCCAUCUGGAUGUGUGACGAGAUCAACUUUCUCUAUGGCAACUACGGCAUGGAGUUUCCGAGUUCCAACUAUCCGAACUGCCUUUUCCCCAAUGGAACUUUGGACCGUUGGAAGCACGUGGUCGUCAGGGCAGUGGAGAAUCCAGAGAGGUUGGAGGAGCUGGGUUCGAGCAUCACUAUCGGAUUCGGUACAAUGCUGUGGAUCUGUCUUCUACUUCAUGUGGUCGGCGUAGAGGUGUACCUGUGGAUGACACCCAGGGAGUCAGAGAGGCUCCGUCUCAUAAGCUACGAGAAGCAGCUGGAAGCCGGCUACCGCCAGCCUGGCAGUGCGGGUCUGGUUCUAGACCGGUGGGCAGAUGCGGAACCAGUACCACCGGAUGAUCAAGCCGGUGUGCCGGAGCAGUCUGACAGCACCGGAUGA